UCCGCAAUAUUGCAUUAGACUCUAUUUUAAUUAAUUAUAAUUAUCUAUGUGAAGAAAAAAAAACAGGUUCCGGGCUUCCAGUGAGAAAACUAUUUUUAAUUUUUGUGUACAAUGGACCAAUCGCAGUUGGACAGUCCAGGUAUGUCUUUCCGCGUGGUUCGCAGCAGCAAGUUCCGCCACGUAUACGGAACAGCUCUGAAAAGAGAGCAGUGCUAUGACAAUAUUAGAGUUUCCAAGUCUUCCUGGGAUUCCACGUUUUGUGCAGUUAAUCCCAAGUUCCUGGCCAUCAUCGUGGAGUCGGCCGGAGGCGGUGCUUUCAUAGUUUUACCUCAUAAUAAGGUUGGUAGGAUAUCAGCGGAUCACCCUUUGGUCGGUGGACACAAAGGGCCCGUUUUAGACAUCGCAUGGUGCCCACAUAACGAUAAUGUGAUCGCAUCUGGAUCUGAAGACUGUGUAGUUAAAGUCUGGCAAAUUCCUGACGGUGGAAUUUCUCGCACACUGACUGAAUCCGUAGUAGAUCUUCAGCUUCAUCAAAGAAGGGUCGGUUUGGUCCUAUGGCAUCCGACAGCUCUAAACGUAUUGCUCACAGCCGGCUCAGACAAUUUAGUUAUCAUAUGGAAUGUGGGGACGGGAGAGGCAUUGGUGCGAAUAGACAGCCAUCCAGAUGUGGUUUAUUCUGCGUGUUGGAACUGGGAUGGAUCUCGUCUGGUUACCACUUGCAAGGACAAGAAAAUCCGCCUCUUGGACCCGAGAUCGGGUAAAAUAUUGGAAGAGGCUGUCGCGCAUGAAGGAAGCAAAGCCACGCGUGCCAUUUUUCUCAGGGGAGGUUUAAUUUUCACGACAGGUUUCAGCAAAAUGUCUGAAAGGCAAUAUUCGUUACGAGCUCCUGAUAUGUUAGCGGAGCCAAUAGUUAUGGUAGAAUUAGAUACUAGCAAUGGAGUGAUGUUUCCGCUCUACGAUCCGGAUACAAAUCUGGUCUUCCUCUGCGGAAAAGGAGAUUCCGUAAUUCGUUAUUUUGAAAUAACGCCAGAACCUCCGUUCGUGCACUACAUCAACACCUUCCAAACUCCAGAUCCUCAACGAGGGAUCGGAAUGAUGCCAAAACGCGGAUGCGACGUGAACAGCUGUGAAAUCUCGCGAUUUUAUCGACUGAAUAAUUCGGGAUUCUGUCAAGUCAUUUCCAUGACAGUCCCGAGAAAGUCUGAACUCUUCCAAGAAGAUCUGUAUCCUGACACUCCUGGUGACACCGCAGCGAUAUCGGCGGAGGAAUGGGAAACGGGCCAAGAUUCGGAACCGGUGCUCAUAUCACUCAGGGAUGGCUACCAACCAACAGCCUCCAAAAACGAUCUCAAAGUUAAUAAAAAAGCCAAUCUUCUUAGUAAAGGAGCCAAAGUUGCCUCGAAUCCACAAGGCGGUGGGAGCGCGCCUGCUGCUCAAGGCGUCUCUGAGGACAUUCUGAAGGAGUUCGCGGAGGAAAUUAGAAAAUUGAAAGCCGUUAUUUUAAAGCACGAAGGACGAAUCCGAGUUCUGGAAUCUGCAGUGGCAUUGCAGAUGAAAGAGGAUGAAAGAAACGAGAAGCUCUCUUCGUCGCCACCAACGGAUAAAGAAUUACUUGCCUCAGAUGAGGUUUGAUUCGACUAGCACCUUAAUUUUAUAGCUUUAAAAACAAAACAACGAACUCAUUGAAUUGUGAAAUAAAAAGAAUGAUCAUAUUAUAUUUUGAUAUGUUGUGUAAAUACUAGGACUAGUAUUCUAGCGUGCUUUUUGAAUCUUUGAUAAUAUCAUUAUUAUUUAUUGUACAUCCGAUCGACCCGCCCUCACAUUUUUCAGUAUCGCUACGUCUUUUACCAUAAAUACUUCAGAUAAUUCAUCGUUACCUGUUAUUAGGAUUAACGUAUAAUAUAUUGGAAUAUAUUAUAUAUGUAGUAUAAUGUUAUUUUUUGAGAUUUUAAUGUAUAUGCGCCUUGAUAAUUUUUCAUAACACACGAGUGCCUUAUUUGUACAGAUUAUAUAAUACUGUAAAAUAACAAUAAUCUAAUGAGAGAUCGCUCUAUUUGAGUAUGAACUGUGUGUCUCAUUUACGACAGUCACUAACGCGACAAAUCUAUUUCUGCUUCUUAGCAGCGUUUUAAUUUUUUUACUUGUGAACGAAUUAAUGAUAUUUCAUAAAAAUAAUGACACUGUUGUAUCUUCUUUGAAACAGCAUAAAUCGAAUUUCGCCAAGCUUUUCGCAUAUCAUUAAUCAAAAUAAAUGACGCUCCACAUGUUUGUAAUCGUUUUACGCCAAAACACUAAAUAAGUAAAAAUAAAAAAAAUAUUUGACAUUA